AUGACGAUCCACAGCUGCCUCGCACGCCGCGCUGUCUCCGCCGCAGCCAACACUGCCCGGGCGCUCUCUGCCUCGCAGGCCCUCAGCCUGCGGGCGCUCGCCCUCGGAAGUCUCCAAAGCGCUGGGCGCCACAUCCACACGUCGAACGUCCGUGCAGCAGGCGCAAAAAUCUCUCCCUCGGAAAUGUCCAAACUCCUCGAGGAAAGAAUCUCCGGCUGGAAGGCGCAGACGUCGACGGAGGAAGUGGGUCGGGUGGUGUCUGUUGGAGACGGAAUUGCUCGCCUCUUCGGCCUGGAAGGCGUCCAAGCUGGCGAGCUCGUCGAGUUCCAAAACGGCAUGACUGGCAUGGCUCUGAACCUGGAAACUGACAACGUCGGUGUUGUCAUUUUCGGUGAUGACAGAUCUGUCUUGGAGGGCGACAGCGUGAAGCGCACAGGGCGCAUUGUGGAUGUGCCCAUCGGCCCCGGCCUGCUGGGACGCGUUGUCGAUGCUCUUGGAAACCCCAUCGAUGGAAAGGGUCCAAUCCCAGCCAAGGAGCGUCGCCGUGUCGAGUUGAAGGCGCCCGGUAUCAUCCCGCGCAAAAGCGUGCACGAACCCAUGAUGACAGGAUUGAAGUGCGUCGACGCCCUGGUCCCUGUGGGCCGCGGACAGCGUGAACUGAUCAUCGGCGAUCGACAAACCGGAAAAACUGCCGUUGCAGUUGAUGCCAUCAUCAACCAGAAGGAAAUCAACGACAGCACCGACGAUGAAUCCAAGAAGCUUUAUUGCAUCUACGUCGCCGUCGGGCAGAAACGUUCCACUGUGGCGCAAAUCGUGAAGGCUCUCGAGCAGCGUGAUGCGAUGAAGUACACGACUGUCGUUGCAGCGACGGCGAGCGAGGCGGCACCGUUGCAGUUCCUUGCUCCCUACAGCGGCUGCGCUAUGGGCGAGUGGUUCCGCGACAGCGGGCGUCACUGCGUGAUCAUCUACGACGAUUUGUCCAAGCAGGCGACGGCCUACCGUCAGAUGUCUCUUCUGCUGCGUAGACCUCCUGGACGCGAGGCGUACCCCGGUGAUGUCUUCUACCUGCACUCGCGCCUGCUCGAACGCGCGGCCAAGAUGGGCGACAAGAGCGGCGGCGGGAGCUUGACGGCUCUCCCCGUCAUCGAAACCCAGGCAGGCGAUGUGUCGGCGUAUAUUCCGACCAAUGUGAUUUCCAUCACGGACGGGCAAAUUUUCCUGGAAACCGAACUUUUCUACAAAGGUAUUCGCCCCGCGAUCAACGUCGGUCUCUCCGUCAGCCGCGUCGGGUCUGCUGCGCAGGUCAAGGCGAUGAAGCAGGUGGCCGGAACGAUGAAGCUCGAGCUCGCGCAGUACCGCGAAGUCGCAGCCUUUGCGCAGUUUGGCAGCGACCUCGACGCCUCGACUCGCCAGCUGCUGACGCGCGGCACCGCUCUCACGGAGCUCCUCAAGCAGCGUCAGUACUCGCCCAUGAAAAACUCCGUUCAAGUGUGCGUGUUGUAUUGCGGAGUGAAGGGAUACCUCGACCCUCUGGACCCGAAGGAAAUCUCCCGCUUCGAGUCUCUCUUCAUCGAGUUCAUCAACGCGAACCACCAGGAUAUUCUCAAAGCCAUCGAAACAGAGAAGGAGCUUAGCGAGAAGACGGAGGCGAAGCUGCGUGCGGCAAUUGAUGAGUUCGUCGCAAUGAACGAGUUCAAGAAGAAAUAA